AUGAUAAAACCAAAAACAACUGCACUUAUUUUUGCUAAUGGCAAGAUGGUUUGUACUGGAGCUAAGAGUGAGCAUCAGUCUAAAUUGGCAGCAAGGAAGUAUGCCCGUAUCAUCCAAAAGCUUGGUUUCAAUGCCAAAUUUAAGGAUUUCAAGAUUGGCAACAUUGUCGCCAGUUGUGAUGUCAAGUUCCCCAUUCGGUUGGAGGGUGUUGCAUAUGAACAUGGUGCUUUCUGCAGUUAUGAACCAGAGCUGUUUCCCGGAUUAACCUACCAGAUGAAGCAACCAAAGGUAGCUUUGAGUAUCUUUGUCUCUGGCAAAGUUGUUAUAACAGGAGGAAAGGUGAGAGAUGAGACCUAUGCAGCCUUUGAGAACAUAUACCCUUUGCUCAGGAAAAAUCAACAAUGAUUUUUGUCAAAAGCAGGAGCAGUUUUCUCGUGGAAAAGCUUGAUGUCGAAUUGUAUAUAACUAAGACAAAGGAGAUAGCCGUUGAAUUGAUAAAAUUAAAAUUUUCUGACAGUUGACUCUCAUGAAGUUUUAAACCGUUUUCAUAUGGUUUUACUUUCAGUUACCAAAGUUAAAACCAUUAUUUGAAUGGCGUUUAAACAUUUGCUCCUGCAUUACAGUUUUGUAGUUGAUUUGAACUUGUAAAAAAAAGCACUUUCUUUUUGAACUAUGAAGUUUAUAGAUUGUUUAGUUCUAAAUCUUUUGUUC